ACCUCAAAGAAGAAGAAGCCGGCUCCUUUCGCUGUUAGCAACGAAGAGAGAAUCGGAGAUAGCUGAAAAUCCCGUUGGAGCAUAUCGAAAAAUAAAUUGACCGGAGGUUCAAGUCAUUCAUUUUUAAAGAGGAUAGCUAACUGUUCUAUUUUAAUAGGCAUUACACAUACGUUAGCUAGCCUGCUAUUUGCUAAAUAAGCUAAUAGCUAGCAAGGUUCUUUAAGGUUUUGAAUCACAUUGCGCGAGCAGCUGAACUAGCAAGUUGACGUUAGCGGUCAUUAAAAAAAGCUAUCUAGCUCGCUAACUCAGCCUAACAUUAUCUUUUCAUCAUUAGGUUACAGUGUAUAGUGUUUUUGAGAUAUUAGGAACACACCGCAAACGUUGUCGUUUAUGGGAUAAUGUCAAUGAAGCAGGCCGGUGGUAAUCGCAAACCCGGCGGUGGUGCUGCCGCUGGGGCCGGACGACAGAAUUUGGGCAGGGGACGGCAUAGUACCAAAGGUACUUCGGCAGCAGUUGUCUUCAACGGUGUGUAUGCAAACAUGAGGAUGGUCCAUGUCUUGACAUCAGUAGUGGGAUCCAAAUGCGAACUGAAGGUUAAAAAUGGAUUGGUUUAUGACGGAGUGUUCAAAACAUAUGGCCCAGAGUGUGACCUGGUCCUAGAUGCAGCCCACAGGAAGAUCCCUAAACCCAGCGAGGGCCCGCGACAGGAAGACAUUGUGGAAAGCAUCAUCUUCAAGGCUUCUGACGUGGUGGUGGUGCAUUUCAGAGACGUGGACCUCAAUUUUGCCAGUAAAAUCUCUACCGACACAGACAACUUCACGGAUACGGCGGUGAGUGGCAGAAUCAACGGGGAGCACAAGGAGAAGGACCUGGAGCCGUGGGAUGGAGGGGAGCAGCAGCAGCACGUUGUCUCAGGCAGCCUGGAGUCCCUGGACACAGACGUGUCUAAUGGUUGGGACCCGAAUGACAUGUUCAAGUACAACGAAGAGCAGUAUGGCAUCAUGUCGACCUACGACAGCAGCCUGUCUAGCUACACUGUUGCCCUGGAGCGGGAUAACUCAGAGGAGUUCCUGAAGCGGGAGGCACGGGCAGCCCAGCUGGCGCAGGAGAUUGAGGCCAGCGCCACCUACAAGGCCCGCGUGGCCCUGGAGAACGACGAGCGCACCGAGGAGGAUAAGUACUCAGCCGUGGUGCGCGGAGAGAAGGGAGAGCGUGGAGAGCGGGAGCCACACACACUCAACAGAGAAAACAAGUACAUUCCCCCAGGCCAGAGGAACAGAGAGGGGAUGUCAUGGGGAGUGGGUCGUCAGAACUCCCCCAAGUUGGUCCAGAGCAGCAGCGGACCUCCGCGGCCAGGUCCCCAUGACUACAGCCCCAGUUCUGGAGCCGACCAGCGGGUUGUCAACGGAGGCCCUCCCAGGAUGUCACCGAAGACACAGCGCACCCCACGCACCCACAGAGUUCCCCCUGGGGGUAGAGUCCCUCCGGGAGUAGACUUCAUGCCCUACAAUGCUCCAGGAGAGGUGCCUGUGCCCCCUCCAACCCGCACCUCUUCCGGUGGCACCUGGUCUUCCGUGGUCAGCGGAGCGCACAGGCCUCGCUCCCCUCGGCAGAACAGCAUGGGCGGGGCCUCCCCCGGCCCUUCCUCCCUCCCCUUGGCCCAGACUGGGACCACCCCCGUAGAACCUGCUACCACGCAGUCAGCCCCAUCACCCACUGCUGCUAGCCCUGCCCGGGAUAUGGCCGCCACUCCCUCAGAGGCAAAAGAGUCUCGGGUCCAGGAGACGAGACAGAACUCCCCUACGGCCAACAAGGAGAACAUGAAGCCCCUGGAGAGCCCCCCUAGUAUCAGCAGACCCCUCUCUAAAGGACCCCCCUCCAUGGCACCAGACCACAGAAAACAAAUAGACAACUUAAAGAAAUUUAGUGUUGAUUUUAGGUUGCAGUCCAGCUCGAACCCAGAUCCACAGUUUGAGCAGAUGACCAAGCCUCCACCAGAUGCCGCGGGAGAGAAGCCCAAGGAGCUUCCUCUGGACAAGGGAUUGGAGGGGUCUGAGGAGGGCAACGUGGCGUCCACCGGGAGCAGCAAGGCAGGCAGCCCUGGAGCACCAUCCUCCUCUCCCCUCUGUCCUGCCCCGGAGCAGAAGAGGGGGCCUGACGUGACCUCGCAGGGUGUACAGACGUCUGCACCCACCUUCAGCGGAGGGGCCAAGCCUGAGGACAAAGAAGAAAAGGAGCCAAUCAAAGAUCAAAUCAUAAAGUCGACUCUCAAUCCUAAUGCCCAUGAGUUUAAACCCAGGGUGUUCAAUACUCAGCACAAACCGGCCACCACUCCAACCCCCCCGCGGCCACAGGGCCAGCCCAGCCCCUCCAUCGUGGUGCAGCAGCCCCAACAAGUCUACAGCCAGACGGUCUGCUUCCCCCAGAUGUACCCUCUGACCCCAGUCAGCCCUGGAGUUCAGAAAAGCAUUAUCUGGAAGUCUCCAGCCAUGUACCAUGUCCAGAUGCCUCAUAUGACGGUGAGCCAGUCCAAGCCCUACAGACCAGGUAAAGUAGCCAACAUGCCCCAGCAGAGGUCAGACCAGCACCACCCCCAGGGCACACCCACAAUGAUGCACCCAGCCCAAGCCGCGGGGCCGCCCAUUGUGGCCCAAAGCCCCACCUAUUCAGCCCAGUACUUCACCUGCAGCCCACAGCAGUUUACCAGCCAGCAACUGAUGCAGCAGAUGCCCCACUACCAGUCACAGGCCCAGCAUGUGUUCAGCCCGGUGAUGCAGAGUCAGGCCAGGAUGAUGGCCCCUCCCAACCACGGCCAGCCCGGCCAGCUGGUCUCCUCCACCACCCAGUAUGGCGAGCAGACUCACACCAUGUAUGUGUCACAAGGCCCCAUGCCGCAGCAGUACCAGCACCCCCAACCCUCGGCCACGCCCACAGGUCAGGCCCAGCAGGGCGGGCAGCAUGGGGGAAACCACCCGGCUCCCAGCCCCGUCCAACAGCACCAGGCUGCAGCCGCCCAGGCCCUGCACAUGGGCAACCAGCCCCAGCAGCAGAUGUACCAGGCCCUGGCCCCCACCCCGCCCUCCAUGACCCCGGGGACCAACCCCCAGUCCCCCCAGGGCAGCUUCCCCUCGGCCCAGCAGGCCGUCUACCUCCACCCCCAGCAGAUGCAGCACAGCUACAACCCCUCCCACAUGGCCCACAUGCAGCAGGCCCAUAUGCAGUCUGGGAUGGUUCCCUCCCACCCUGGCCACCCUCAGAUGAUGCUGAUGGCCACCCAGCAGCCAGGCGGCCCCCAACUCCCCCAGAAUGCCCUCAACCCCAUCCCAGUGUCCUCCACUACACACUUCUCUUACUUGGCACACCCCCAAGUGCAACAGCACCAUCAGUAGCAGCUGUGGAGGGUGCUGUUGAGAACAUGGACCCCUUAUCCAGCCCUCGCUCUCGUGAAGGGUCUUGCACAGAUCUCUCGUCAUGCUACUACACAUAUGCUUUCCUCUCCCAGUCAUAAAGAAUGUUCCACAGGUUGUUGCAUUGGAGAGGUUUUAUUGAUUAAGAGUUUGAUUAAUAACAAAGGAUCCCCUCUCUCUUCCCAACACACACCUUUUAAGAAACCUGCAGAGGGUCCAUUAAUGAACCUUGAUUCAGCUUGCCAAUUGAAAGAUAAAAUGAUCUGCACCUUGAUAUGGAAAUUCUUCCUACUUAAACAGUGUUACUCUUUAACAGCUGCUGCAUUCAAGACUUCAGAACAGGUUUUAACCAAACUAAAACUAAUUAAAAUCUUCCUGUAAUUAAUAACAAGUUUGGCCAAAAGGACAAACAUUAUUAAUUAUGAUGACUAAAGUGAUCCCACUUCUCACCUGACCAUUAUGUAACUUUUACUUUGUAGAUAAUAUAAAUAAUUUAAAACAUUUGGGGGAAAAAUAAACUUUAAAAAAAAAACAGC